AUGAGUCUCAGCGUCGGCCCCUCGUCGCUGCCUGUCGACGGCUUCUCCGACCCCUACGAAACCGCGUACCGCUGCCGCCCGCCUAACUCCACCACCGGACUGCACCGCUCUCACGCUAGUGAGCAUCAAGCGAUGCUUCCAGGAAGCCGAGGCGCAUUCAGUGGCGCCCCAGAAAUGGCGCCGCCACCACACAUGCGGCCACCGCCGUCCGUUUUCGGGGAAAGUUUCUCGCCGGAGCAGGGGUUUUCGGGACCUUCUUUCGGCGCGGACACGAUGGCGCCUCCUAUUGGCGGGUGGGGGUCGGUGAGGGCGGCGGUGGUCAUCCGCAGCGGCGACGACGAGGACCAGUCGCGCCACGGCGUGACGAUAAGGAAGGGCAACGACGACGACUUCGAGGCGUCGCAGGCCUUUCCGCUUUCCGCCAGCAGCUUCCGCGGCAGCGCCCCGCAGGCACCUCCGCAUCUCCGCCGCCUCGACCCCGCGUUCCCCGGCGCCGAGUAUCCCCCGACUGCCGCAGCCGCGCCGUGUUUCGACGGCUACGGCGGCCGCGGCGACUUCGGGCUUAUACUUCCAGCCCGCAGCGCUUCGACGGCGCGUGUCGCGUUUCCCCUCCGCAAUACUGAGGCGUUGGCGCAGGCCGCAUGGGCGGGACCCCGCAUGUGUAUGCAGCGGGCGGAGGGGGCAGCGGGGCAGAAUGGCCGGGCCAUCAGUUCGGCAGCGACCCGGGUAGCGAGGGAAGCUGGCGGAGGCGGGGGCGAGUACUACCCGGGCGAGAGGGAGGCGGAAGGGCGAAGCGGCGGCGGGAGCCAUCAGAGCGCGCUGUCGCUGAAGGAGGAGCUCGCGGCGCUCGACGGGGGCGGCGAUGGCGCGCACGACGAAGCGCCUCUGCGGAGCUCCCAGCAACCCAACUCCGACGAAAGCUGGAACCUACCAUUCAACCCGUCAUGCGAAUACCCUCAAAGCAACCAGUUCAAAUACCACCCUAAACACUCCACCAACGUCACUGCAGAUUCUGGUGCUUACUUGAGUGCCGACUUCUCCAUCUACUCCUCCACCUCCCUCUCCCUCCCAUUCCGCUCUCGCCACCCAACAACUGGCUUUCCUCCUGGCAGCAGUGGGGUGUGGGGGGAUCCGUGGUGGCAGAGAGUGAUGCAGGUGUAUCGGGGCCGGGUGAUGGGGUGUGAGGUGGCAGUGAAGCGGCUGGAGGGCAGCAGCUGGCAGGGCCCGGACCGAGUACAUGACGGAGGUGGAGGUGCUGAGCCGCAUGCGCCACCCACACAUCGUGCUGCUCAUGGGCCACUGCCACCGACGCCAUGUGUCUCGUCUACGAGUAUCCUGCCAGGUGGCUCCCUGCAGGACCACCUCAAGCCCACCGCCGGGCGGGCGGCCUUUGUCUGUGGUGUGAGCGGCCCGACAACGUGCUGCUGGACGCCAACCGCGGGUGCAAGCUGGCGGACGUGGGUGCUGGCGCGGCUGAUCGCGGAGGACGACGCCACCACCACGCGUGUGCGCGGCACCGUGGGGUACAUCGACCCCGAGGAGGUGCUCACCUUUGAGAUCAGCGUGCUGUCCGAUGUGUAUGCCCUCGGGCUCAUCAUGCUGCAGCUGCUCACGGGGAGCCGGGCAUCAAGAGCCUGCACAAGCGCAUCAAGCCCUUCCAGGACGCCCUCGACUGCUACUGGGAGCAGGGGGGUGCUGUCGGCGGCAGCAGCAGCAGCGGCAGCCCCAUGGUGGCAGGCCGUGGCAGCGCUGGUGUCAGAUCACCUGGACGUCUCGGUCGGCGAGUGGCCGCUGUCCGUUGCUUGCCAGCUGGCAGAGUGGGGCCUGCGGUGUGCCGCCCGGCAGCGGGCGUGCCGCCCGGAUCUGGCGGGGGAGCUGCAGCCGGCGCUGCAUGGGCUGGUGGAGCAGAUGGAGGCUGGGGAGAGGCAGCGGCAGCAGAGCAUUGAGGACCAGUUUGUGUGCCCGCUCUCACAUGUAUGUGAUGCUGUCAACCCUGCCACUUUCCACCUGUGCUCGUGUCCCUUUUUUGCCCCUCUCUCUUCCCCUCUUUCCUCGUUCUCUGGCCCCGCUCCCAUUUUUUCAAGAUCCCUCGCGCACUCUCCCUCGCCCCCGUUUCCUUCUCCACCUGUUUCCUUCUCCCCCUCUCCAGAUGAGAAUGACUGA